AUAGAAGGAAUAGAUACAACUAAUGCGUGCUAUGGAGGCACACCUGCUGUCUUCAAUGCUGUUAACUGGAUUGAGUCCAGCUCUUGGGAAGGAAAUGCCAGACAUACAGGUGGAGUUGGAGCUGUGGCUUUGCUGAUUGGGCCAAAUGCUCCUUUAAUUUUUGACCGAGGGCUUCGUGGAACACAUAUGCAACAUGCCUAUGAUUUUUACAAGCCCGAUAUGGUCUCCGAAUAUCCUAUAGUCGAUGGAAAACUCUCCAUACAAUGCUACCUCAGUGCAUUAGACCGCUGUUAUUCUGUCUACCACAAAAAGAUCCAUGCCCAGUGGCAGAAAGAGGGAAAUGAUAAAGAUUUUACCUUAAAUGAUUUUGGCUUCAUGAUCUUUCACUCACCAUAUUGUAAACUGGUUCAGAAAUCUCUAGCUCGGAUGAUGCUGAAUGACUUCCUUAAUGACCAGAACAGAGAUAAAAAUACUAUCUAGAGUGUCCUGGAAGCUUUCGGGGAUGUUAAAUUAGAAGAUACUUACUUUGACAGAGAUGUGGAAAAGGCAUUUAUGAAGGCUAGUUCUGAACUCUUUAAUCAGAAAACAAAGGCAUCUUUGCUGGUAUCAAAUCAAAAUGGAAAUAUAUAUACAUCCUCAGUAUAUGGUUCCCUUGCUUCUGUUCUAACCCAGUACUCUCCUCAGCAAUUGGCAGGGAAGAGGAUAGGAGUGUUCUCUUAUGGUUCUGGUUUGGCUGCCACCUUGUACUCUCUUAAAGUUACACAAGAUGCCACACCAGGGUCUGUUCUUGAUAAAAUAACAGCAAGUUUAUGUGAUCUUAAAUCAAGGCUUGACUCAAGAACUUGUGUAGCACCAGAUGUCUUUGCUGAAAACAUGAAGCUCAGAGAGGACACUCAUCACUUGGCCAACUAUAUACCUCAGUGUUCAAUAGAUUCACUCUUUGAAGGAACAUGGUACCUAGUUAGAGUGGAUGAAAAGCAUAGAAGAACGUACGCUCGUCGCCCCUCUCCAAAUGAUGACACUUUGGGUGAAGGAGUAGGACUUGUGCAUUCAAAUACAGCAACUGAGCAUAUUCCAAGCCCUGCUAAGAAAGUGCCAAGGCUCCCUGCAUCAGCAGCAGAACCCGAAGUAGCUGUCAUUAGUAAUGGGGAACAUUAAGAUACUCCGUGAACUGCGAGACUUCACAGUGUGUUUGGGUUGGGGUGGGGAUAGGGGAAUGGUUGGAGGAAGGGAAUGUCUGGGGACAAUUUUAAAGAAUUACACAUUGCUUAAAUUUUUAUGUGACUGACACAGAGCCUAGCAAACUGUUGUGCUCUUGGACAAGUCUAUCUGCCCAAUUUGCUAACAUGCUUCCUGUUGUGGUCUAGCCAAUGCUAAAUGUACUCGAAUGAUGUUAAGGGCUCUGUAAACUUUAUACCUCUCUGGCCAUUUAUAUGCAUGAAAUUUAGUUUUUAAAUGUAGUAUGAAUCCUGUGCUUCUGUUAGAGGAAAGCAGAGGUACUAGUCUCCAAUUUAAUUUUUUUUUAAUGUGUAAGAAUUUUAUACUUUGAACAACAAGAUUAUUGAAAGUACCUGUGGUUUUUGAAAAUUUUUUCUAGCUUGGGGAAUGUGGUCUUAAAAUGUGAUAUGCACAAAUACUCUUUGAAAAUGGCAAGACAAACAUUCUUUUUCUCAGAUUUAUAAAUCCUAGAGAGGCAGAAAAGAGUUAGGACAGUAACACUGGUUCUGGAAUAUUAUCCAGACCAACAGUGACAUGUUGUCUGGAAUAUUAUCCAGACCAACAGUGACAUUAUUGUGAUGAUCUCUGAACAGAGAGACACUAGCAUUGAGCAGGCUUCUGGCAUAAAAAGCAUGGUCUGUUUGGGAGCUGUCACGAUAGCUGCAGGAGCUGAGUGAUCCUGAUCAGUUCAUGGUGGACUGUGCUCAGCAACAUCGAGAUGUUAUUGGAGGUGUGUAUGAGGAAGCUUUUUGUUGCAAUCCUUCUUUGCACCUUAUUUUAAAGGAUACAUAAAACAUUUCUUUGAUGCCUUUUUAAAAUUUUAAACUGGAAAGGAAGGUUGGAGCAGGGCAUUAUUAGGCUACUUAUGUUUCAGUGUCACAAAUUCAAUUUCUAGACUGACAGAUUUGUGGUAUGAGUUCUUUUUGUUUUGUGUGUGUGUUUGUGUGGGUCUUUGUUUUUGUAUCUGUUCGAUGAAAAUAAGAAGGUACAACCUAAGUUUUUACAUAGUCUGAUUAGCCAAAAAGAGUAUUCCACUUCAAGGUCUGGAAGUAAGGUUUAUAAAGCUUUUUCUUGGACAUUCACCUUUAAAAAACAAAAAACUAUCAC